AGGAGAGGCAGAUAAUAUUUACUGUGUGUCUGGGUGCACACACACACACACACACAUCGCAUAGCUGAAGCCAUAUCGCCGUCACUAAGCACUGAUCCACCACUAUCUAUCUACAAGAGACUGGCCAGCUCCCCCUGCUACUGCAGUGCACAGCAAUAUGCAUGACAGCCUCGUCGCGGUAUCCCAAAUCCACUGCAUUUCCCCCCCGGCCAAGACUAGGAGUGGCGAGGCCCGGGUUCCAUGCAGAAAGGAGCGCGCUGUGCCCUUUGUCCAGCUCUGGUCUUAGCGCGUCUUCUCAUCCAUCCGAUUGGGUCCUCUUCCAAUCUUCUAGACGACCCGGCAUCUACUCCACUGUCGCCGAUCUGAUUCGCCAUAGGCUCCAAACGGCGACGCUAGGAACGAUUAUCCUUGGGACCGCGGUUGUAAGUGGGGCUGCUGUGUACACCGUGAUUCGUUGCGUUUUUGCCUGCCUCCAUUUCUCCUACGAAGUUAGUGCAUAAGUCAAGUAACUUGGAAGGCUAGCGCCUGCAGCAGCGCUAUGCGCUAGUGUAAGGCUCUUGUGUAUAGUGCUUUUUUUUCCCUUUCUUUCACUUUUUCUUUUUCGGUGGUGGUGUGUGUCC